AAAAGCUCAGCCACAGGUAACACUGCUCCAUCGACACUGGUGCUCUAACGCCGUUUCACCAGCCUUGAGCCCCAGCACAGAAAACAAGGUUGAUUUACUUCUUGCUGAGGAAAUUAAAACGCACGCCUCUACCAAGAUGGCAGCCUCGGCCUGACUGUGCGGAUGUUACGCUUCCUCGCCCCGCCCCCUUCCCUGUGACGGCUAGCGCAGGAAUUGGCGAGAGUCACGUGAUGGCGGUUUGUUGCUAAGCAGGAGCGGCUCAUGGUUACGGGAGCCCAUAAUGCUACGCGAGAGCACCGUAAGGAGGAUGGGAGUCAACAAGCAGAUAGCUUCAGAUAAUGAUAUCCGCAAAACCAUUGUGCUUAGUGCCUCAAAAAGGGAAAUAUUUACUGUUACCAGCGGUUAUAAGUCACUGCAGAAACGGCUACGGGGCAACUGGAAAAUACAGAGUAUAAAGGAUGAAAUCACAGAAGAGAAGCUGGUUGGAGUAAAGCUGUGGAUAACUGCAGGACCAAGGGAGAAGUUCACUGCUGCUGAGUUCGAGGUGCUGAAACAGUUCUUGGAGGGAGGUGGGGACAUCCUUGUUAUGCUCGGCGAGGGAGGAGAGUCCAGACAUGACACCAACAUUAACUUUUUACUGGAGGAGUAUGGCAUUAUGGUGAACAAUGAUUCUGUUGUACGAAAUGUUUACUACAAAUACUUUCACCCCAAAGAAGCACUCGUCUCCAAUGGAGUGUUGAAUCGGGAGAUCAGCAGAGCAGCUGGAAAGGAUGUGUCCAUGAUUAUAGAUGAUGACAGCACUGGAAACAACUCAAAGGCCUUAACCUUUGUUUACCCAUUUGGUGCCACACUGAACGUCAUGAAGCCAGCCAUGGCUGUCCUGUCCACAGGAUCUGUCUGCUUUCCACUGAACAGGCCCAUAAUGGCUUUCUACCAAAGCAAGAUGCAUAGUGGGAAACUGGCUGUGUUGGGCUCAUGUCACAUGUUCAGCGAUCACUAUCUGGACAAGGAAGAGAACACAAAGAUACUGGAUGUGCUAAUGCAGUGGCUCACUACUACUGAUAUCACCCUGAACCAGAUUGAUGCAGAGGAUCCUGAAAUUUCAGAUUACACCAUGCUGCCCAACACCAACAAACUCUCCCAGCGAGUGCGCGUUUGCCUGCAGGAAGGAGACGAGAUCCCAAGGGACUUUACAACUCUAUUUGACAUGAGCAUCUUCCAGCUGGACACUUCCUCUCUCGCCAAAGUUAUUAAAUCAUAUGAACAGUUGAAUGUGAAGCACGAAACACUACAACUCAUCCAGCCACAAUUCGAGACUCCGCUUCCUGCACUGCAACCAGCUGUAUUUCCUCCCUCCUUUCGUGAGCUUCCAGCUCCAGCACUGGAUCUGUUUGACCUAGAUGAGAACUUUUCCUCAGAGAAAGCGCGUCUGGCCCAGAUCACAAACCGAUGUACAGAAGAUGACCUGGAAUUUUAUGUGCGUAAGUGCGGUGAUAUCCUAGGGGUAACCAGCAACCUACCCAAAGAGGAACAGGAUGCCAAACACAUUCUGGAGUACAUAUUCUUCCAAGUUGUGGAAUUCAAGAAGCUCAAUCAGGAACACGACAUGGAUACAAGCGAGGCUGGCUUUCAGAGCAUCUAAGAUUUACCGGUUUACCUCCAUGGGCCAAAAAAAGUCAGAUUAUCUAUCAUUUAUUUAUUCAUAUUUUUGUAUUUUAUUAUUUUUUUAAUCUCAGAUACCCUUUGUCGCCUUUAGUUUGUACAGAAAGGGCACAGUUGCACAGAAAAAAUUAAAAAUAUCUUUAUGUAUAUAA